CACGACUGUAUGUCACUUUCCCCUACAGGAAAUCGGGAGACUGCAGAAAGUCCAAGGCCCUAGUGCCAUCAGCGCAAAAGAUGAGAUGGCGAGGCUGUCACGCCAUCUGGGUUCAUUGCCUCUUCUAGCAAAACACCGAAUAAACUGCAUUCGAACGGCCAUUAAACGGAAUAUGGAGGUGCAGAAUUAUGCAUAUGCGAAGCAGAUGCUUGAGCUCCUCCUGUCAAAAGCGCCUGCAAGCAAGCAAGAUGAGUUAAGAAGCCUGAUUGACAUAUGUGUUCAGCGAGGUUCAUCCAACAAAUUCAUUGAUCCUUUAGAAGACCCCUCCCAGUUCUGCGCGGCCACACUUAGUCGUCUGUCAACUAUUGGAUACGACGUUUGUGAUCUCUGCGGGGCCAAAUUCUCUGCUCUUUCGACUCCUGGCUGCAUUAUCUGUGGUAUGGGAAGCAUCAAAAGAUCGGAUGCACUUGCAGGACCCGGACCUGUUCCUUCACCAUUCGGCUGAAAAUUGAUUUACACAUUUCUCCAAUUCAAUUAACUUCUUGAUAAUUUUGUUUUGUUCCUUGUGUUGUAGAGUCCCCAUCUCCCUCUCUACCUACCGGAAGCCUUUGCCAUUGUUUUUUUAGAAAAUUACUCACUUCAUGGCCAACAGGAAGGGAAAUAGAUGUGCUGGUUGGAAUAUAGUGGAAAAUUUUCUUGUCUUGUAGAUGAGUGUAUUUUUGUUCUCCAA